UAUGACUAAACAAAAAAAAAAGAUAGGCGAAAAUGAUCUGCACUAAAUGCAAAAAGGCAGUUUGAGGCGAACUUAAGAAAGAUGUCUUGAAUGUCUAUAAGAUCUCAAUUUAAGUAUUGAUUUUUUGGAGUGUUUACGAGGGUGGUCUGAAAAGUUUCCGACCUCAACGUGAAGAUGGCAGCACUCGUAAAUAAAAGCUAGUGAAUUUCGUUGUUCAUCUGUUGUCAAUUACUCGACAAAGUUUCAGCCAUUUUGGACGCGCAGUUGUUAUGUAACACUCGUUUGAGUGAGUUGAUGUGGGUGUUUUUGUGAAAAUGGACAAAGUUGAGUAUCGAGCUGUCAUUAAAUAUUUGUGUUUGAAAGGCAUUACGCCUACGCAAAUCAAAGAUGAGUUGGAUUCUGUGAAUGAGGACUCUGCGCCAUCAUUUACCCGAGUGAAAUUUUGGGCAGCUGAAUUUAAACGUGGCCGUAAGAGCUUAGGAGACGACGAACGUUCGGGAUGUCCAAAAACUGCAACUACCGACGAAAACAUCGCCAAAGUUCAUCAAAUGGUGCUAGACGACCGCCGAAUUAAAGUGAAAGAGAUAGAGGAGGUUAUGAACAUGUCAAAAGAACGUGUUUGUCACAUAUUAAAUCAACAUUUAGGCAUGAGAAAGCUGUCCGCGCGUUGGGUGCCGCGUUUGCUCACGUUAGACCAAAAACUUGUUCGAAUGAACAUUUCCAACGCUCUGUUGGCGCAAUAAAUCCAAGUUUUGACGCCGAUUAUUUACUGCAGAUGAAACUUGGAUACACCAUUAUACGCCCGAAACAAAAAUACAGUCCAAACAGUGGACUGCACAGGCGGAACCGGCUCCAAAAAAAGCAAAAACUGUUUUUCCGGCUGUGAAAGUGAUGGCGACUGUUUUUUGGGAUAGUCAUGGAGUUAUUUUAACCCUUAACCACCUGAUAACGGUCUCAGAGACUUCU